UGCGUGCGCGAAUAAUUUUGUAGCUGCAAACAAAAUCUACGGGAAUCUAUUGCAAAAUUAUCAGAUUUUCGUAAACAAAAAGUGAGAAAUAAAAGUAAAUUUGCGUUUCGACCCUUUGGUACACGUAUUUUUUGUUUUUCGCCAGUAGAUUGUCAUAUUUUGAGCCCAUGGAUCAGAAUCAGAUGACGAAAUUAAACAAGCUCAAUUCCAUAGAAGAGCCUGCCGAUGAGGGUUUCCAGCCUGAAAAUAAUGCAGCUGCCUUGAUGGGCACUGGCGAAGAGGCAACGGCACCGAUACAAUUCCAAGGUGAGAAGCCAAUGAAUCACGGGCCUGCUACUUCGCAGGCGCAGGUGGCUGAAGCAGGACGCUCAACUCCGCAGCAGAAUUCUGCUACUGAAGUCAAAUCGCCUCUCCCCUUACGACUGGAUGAGCCUUCGCAAUAUACCUGCACUUUAAGCAGUGACGAGGAAGAGGAAGACAUUUCUGAGGAUAACUAUUCGGUUUCGGGUGCUGCAUCCACAACCCCCUCGCCCAAGAAGAACACAAAGAAGAAGUUGCGCAACCGCCUUCGCUUCCGCCACAAGGUUUUCGAAGGCAUGUCGGGUUUGGAAAAAGUCUUAGAGUACUUCAGCGUUCUCGUUGCCGACAAACUAGUUGGUACUCUUGUUACCGACGCGACAUGCGCUAUAGCGAUCGGAGAGGUUAUCGCCGACAUGGGCUUUCCCGCAUGCAAAGCUUCUGCCAUUGCACUUGACGUCAAUAAGUUUUUCGAUGCCGCUAUUAGGAACAAUACACAAUCCCAAGAUAACACAUUGGUAAUCCAACCUUUCCAUUUACGAGUUGCUGACCAACUCGAUGCCAACCAGAGAGCUGAAAGAAUUUUCAUGCUGAAUAAGAUGUACAUGGCUGUCAAAUUCGAAUCUUCGCUAGAGGAAUGGGAGGCAAGCAAUGCGCUGACGAAAUCGGAAAGUGAAAAACAAAAAUUUUACGAGUGUUUGAAAGCAGCCUCAGAUCGCCUGACGCAAGAAGUAGAUGCCAACCAUGAGAAGGAAAAAAAAGAGAAAUUGACGGAUUCGAAAAAGAUUAUUAAGCAAUUGUUGUUGUCAAGCUGCUCUGGCGGGGGCGCAAGUGCAGGAGUGGCCGACAAGACUGUUGCAACAGCCGGAGGUGUCGGUGACGACACUUCCAUGGACUUCAACGGCAACCGCCGCGAAUUAUUAUCUGAAUCAUUGUCACCAAAAGAGGGAACCGAACUGGAUCCUUCUGAAACUGCAACUGAAGAUUCCUUCCCCCUAUGGGUAUAGGGUAACUGGUAAAUACAGGCCAAUGGUAUGGGGAAAGGGAAGGGAAUGCAUAAAAAGGAUGAGGGUCACAAAAAUGAGGGAAAAAUUGAACGUAAAACGAACCGAGAAUCCUAACUAAAUUAUAUAAUAUAUUUAACUAACACUGAACACAAAAACAAU